AUGGCGCCAAAUCAGUCGAUUAUCCCUCGCGAGGGGUUUGUUCUCGACGCAAUCAUAAACUUCGUCAGGAAGUACGUUUUAAAUCCGAAAUACACGCUUCCAAUCUUCCUCUUUAUGAGAUACACCCGCAAAGGCCAAGACUUCGCUGGCGACCAUUACAAACUAUUCAAAAUUCUUCGAAAACUUGUUCUUUGGGGUUUGCUCUACAAAAUCAACAACAAGUUAAACUGGGGAGUUAGGAAUAAUUGGGUUGUGGAUAAAUCGUGGAUUUGGGAUAACGAGAUUGCACUUGUUACCGGUGGAAGCGGAGGGAUUGGAGGACUUGUGGCGCAGGGUUUGGCAGAGAAAGGGAUCAAGGUCGUUGUUUUGGAUGUCAUUGAUUUGACUUACGAUGCCCCGAAAAACGUCUUCUUCUAUAAAUGCGACAUCACUUCGACUGAAAAGCUCGCCGAAGUUGCGGAUGAGAUAAGAACGACCGUUGGGAAUCCGACCAUCAUUGUCAAUAAUGCUGGUGUCGCUAGAGGAAAUACGAUUUUGGAAAGCACAGAGAGGGACGUCAGGUUCACUUUCGACGUCAAUGUUCUGUCACACUUUUGGAUCAUGAAGGAGUUCUUGCCGUCUAUCGUGAAGAAUAACCAUGGUCAUAUUGUAACUGUGGCUUCAGUUGCUGGGUACCAGACUGCACCUCAGAUGGUCGAUUAUGCAGCUUCGAAGGCGGCAUCCAUCAGCUUCCAUGAGGGUCUUACACUUGAGUUGAAACACAGGUACAAUGCUAAGAAGGUCCGGACUACUCUCGUGACACAGGGCCUUACGCGCACUCCUCUGUUCACUGGGUUUGGGAAUGAUUCCCCAUUUAUGUUCCCACAACAGCACCCAGAAUCUAUCGCCGAUGGAAUUGUUGAACAGGUUCUGCGUGGUGAAUCAGAACAUUUGAUUUUACCGAAGUCAUACCAUAUUCUUACUGGAAAUAGAGGACGACCAGCAUGGUUCCGAGCAUAUGUUGAAAAUGGGACCAAGCACCUCAUGAGCAAUUGGAGGGGAAGGCAGGUUAUUGACCCGAAUACGGCGUCAACCUCAGAGACUGCUGAGGAGCCUGCUGAAGAUGUUUCGAAAUCCGGAGUUCUGGUUUAG